AUGCACGUGCUUCUGACCAACGACGACGGCCCGCCUUCGGACACCUAUUCGCCCUACUUCCACUACCUGGUCAAAGCUAUUGAGAAAUACACUGACUGGCAUGUCACAGUGGUUCUGCCCGAUACCCAGCGAUCAUGGAUUGGCAAGGCCCACAUGAUUGGCCAGACCAUCACCGCCACCUACAUUGAGGCGCCCGAAACCAUCGGAGACAAGGUCAAGGGCCCCUACAAGCGAAUCCCCAAGGACGUGGACCCCAAGAACGUCUGGACCUUGCUCAAUGGUACUCCUGCCACCUGCACUAACAUUGGCCUCAACUACAUGAUCGACGAGACCAAGGGCCCCGUUGAUCUGGUCAUCUCGGGCCCUAACUUUGGCCGAAACACCACCGCUCUCUACUCCACCACCUCCGGAACCAUCGGUGCUGCCAUGGAGGGAGCUCUUUGCGGAUCCAAGGGUAUCGCUCUGUCGUACGCCUACUACUCCCGAGACCUCGUUCCCGAGGUUGUGGCCGAGGCCAGCAGACUCGCCGUCAAGCUCAUUUCCAAGCUGUACGAAAACUGGGACAAGGGUGUCGAUCUGUACUCCAUCAACGUUCCCCUGAUCGAGGGCCUUUCCGACAACACAAAGGCCGUCCACGCCCCCAUUCUGCAAAACCGAUGGAAAGGUACCUUUGAGCCCUGGGAAAAGGCCAUUGACCACGACCAGAGCGAGGCUGACGGAAACAUCCCCAUCGAACCGGACUCUGAGCCCCUUUCUGACGCCCAGAAGGCCAAGGAGGGUUACACAAUGUUCCGAUGGGCUCCUGAUUUCGAGGCUGUGGGCAAGUCUGUUAAGGCCAGCAGUCCCGGUAAUGAUGGCUGGGUCGUUGACCAGGGCCACAUUUCCGUCACUGGUCUGAAGGCCUCCUUCUCCGAAACUGGCAUCACCGGAGAGAUUACCUUAAACGACAAUGCUGCCGCUGAAUCCGCCCAUGGUUUCCUGCUGACCAUCCCUUCCACAGCCUACCUUCACCCUCUCUUCUCCCAGAGUGUCAACAAACACCUUCCCAACGUUCCUGUUGGUACCAAGGGCUCGGAGAAGACAUUCCACUACGGAGAGUACGAGGAUCUCGACUUUGACAAGCUUGGUUCUCGAGACAAGUCUUACUUUGGCUGCUCUUACAUCUACCGAAAGGCCCUCAUUCGAAAGCACUAUCUGGCCAACACCAUUGCCAUGUUCCGGGCCAAGAACCCCGAGUCGAUUCUCAACGAAUCAUUCCCUGACACCUUUAACCUCGAGCUGGACUACGCCGAGUUCCUUGAUGAGUCUCUGGAUGAAGCUUACGAGCUGAGACAGGAGCUGGAGAAGAACGACGAGAUCGAAAAAGCCUCCAAUCGAAAGCUGUGGAUCCUCAAGCCUAGUAUGAGUGACAAGGCCCAGGGAAUUCGUCUGUUUAGCACCAUCGACGAGCUUCAGGCUAUCUUCGAUUCCUUUGAGGAGGGAUACGACUCGGACGAUGAGGACGCAGAGCAGGAAGAAGACGAUAACAAUGGAGUGAUAACAUCUCAACUCCGUCACUUUAUCGUUCAGGAGUACGUUGACAAGCCUUUGAUUCUGUCUGGCCACGGGAACAAAAAAUUCCACAUCCGAACCUACGUUCUGGCUGUCGGUGACAUCAAUGUCUACGUAUAUAAGCAUAUGCUGGCUCUGUUCGCUCCUAGAGAGUACGCCACCACCGACGAGGUGCACGAUCUCAGCCGCCACCUCACAAACACAUGUCUCCGGGACGACGAUACUAUCCUCAAGGAGAGUCUGGUGGAGGAAUUCUGGAACCUCAAGGGUCUUGAACAGAGCCAAAAGGAGACUGUCUUCUCCAAGAUUUGUGAGAACGUCAAGGAUAUUUUCUUGGCUGCCACUACGGUUGACAAGAUCAACUUCCAGCCCCUAGCUAACUCCAUGGAGUUCUUCGGUCUCGAUUUCCUGGUUGACGAGAACCUCAAUGUGCACAUUCUGGAGGUCAACUCGUACCCCGAUUUCAAGCAGACUGGAGACGAUCUGAAGUACGUGGUCGAGGGUCUCGUUGACGAGACUGUCCAGGUUGCUGUCAAGCCCUGGUUCGAAGGAGGUGAGGUCCCUGAGUCCGACUUGCUUAAGCGCGUUCUGUAG